GAAAAGGACAUUCCACUAGAUGAUUAAUUAAAGUGUUUACUAGUCCACCCGUUGAUUGUGUAAACCAAAGAUAUGCCACUGUAAAAUACAUUCAGUUGGUCUAUGUUGAUGCACAAUGGAAACUCCUAAAGCAUGUUUUUGAGUCCAGGUAUUAAUGAGAGGAUUACAGCAUCUUUUAAUAAAAGGAGUUUCUUAGUAUACCAAAUCGAUACAAAAAUGUCCACUAUUAUGAAUUUGGAAUGAAAUAUUGAUUUAUUUAAAUUGUGAAAUCUGUUUGUCAACCUUUGUCAGAGUAUUAAAACUUGCAUCUGUUUCUGAUGGAGGUUCUCAUAAGAUACAUGUGAACUAGUAAUGUCUGUUACAUGUUCCCACCUGUUCCAAAAGUUGUAAGUUUGAAUUCUGUUUAGAACAAAAUGAGUAAUACUACACUGAUAUAAAUUAAAAUUAAACUAGAGCAUGUUCUUCCAAUAUUAAUAUCUCAGUCAAGCGUAUUAUGUGCUUUUGUCAGAAAAGUUGUGAAACAAAAUGAUUAGUGGGAAAGAAUUCAUCACACAGAAAAAAAAGUGUUUAUUAGUCUUUUGAUGAAAGAAUAGUUUACACAAUCUCAGUUUUUUUUCCAAUCUGUAAUAAUUGCCCUUUGGUACAUUAUGGGUGUUCGGAACAAAUUGAUAGCUGACUCAAAAAUAAAAAUUCUGUUAGCAUUUACCUUCAUGUCAUUCCAAACCUAUGUGACUUUCUUCUGUGGAACAGAAAAAAAAACAGGUGAAACAUGAUAGAGGAUGACAGUUUAAGGGGGCUAUAAACCAUGUUACAACAUGGAAAAUAUGUAGUGAGUAUCAACUUUAGAAAAAAAUGUAAGCGUGUUUAUGUGACAUCACUAAUCUUUAAUUACUCAAGCAGGUUUGAGUCAUGCUCUAAAAAUGUCCAUGUAGUUAUGCUUAAACCAAAUUACAGAAUAUGUUUUUGUUUUAGCCUUUGAUAUAAGAAUGUGUAAUAAUUGAGCUUCCAGUGAAGAAAAAAUACUUAAUAUGUAUGACACAAGGCCCUUUGUGAGUAUUUGCACUUUUAUAACACCAUGUCAAUUUAGGCUAAUCUCUCAAUGUAAGCUUUAUUCUCAUAAAUCUGAAUGAGUUCCCUGGUAUUUCUUAAAGCCUCCUGCAGCUGAAUGUAGAACUCAGUUCAUGCUGAUGAAAUUUGUAUUUCAGCAACAGACUGUGAGACUGCAGACAUGACUGGCACGUUGAAGAAAUUGUACCACAUAGUUGCUUUUGGCUGGUAUAUCUUUGUCAUUCAGUCUGUUUAUGCAAAACGCAAUUCAGAUAUACCACCUGGGAUGUUUGUCUAUGGCGGACCCUGGAAAUACCUCACAUUUUUGAACCUGGUCUUACAGCUUGUGUUUUUUGGACUGGCAUCUGUGAAUGACCUUAAGCCUGUGGGGAAAGGCUCCAAAAUGUCACUUCUGUGCCUCUCCAAGGACUUGCUCUUUUCUGUCUUUGCGUUUCCAGUGGGAAUGUUUGUAGUUCUGCUGUUUUGGCUGAUUUUUACCUAUGAUCGACAACUGGUCUAUCCAGCUUCAAUGGACCACCUCUUCCCUCCAUGGAUGAAUCAUGCUAUGCACAGUCUUGUUCUCCCAAUCGUGUUUGGUGAGAUCCUGGUGGAGCCACAUAUCUAUCCUAAAAUAAAGAAUGGUUUGGCUGCUUUAGGAUUUGUUACUGCUGCUUACUUAGGAUGGGUUGUUUGGGUGUAUCUAACGGUGGGAAUCUGGGUUUACCCUAUACUGGGGAUGUUCAGCAGCUCAGUAUUGACCAUCUUCUUCUUUUUUAACAUGCUUGUGAUGGCGCUGCUGUACUUACUGGGACAAACUUUGAACCAUGAAGUUUGGGGGAAAAAACAUCCAAAAUUUACAAGAACAUAAUGACACAUGAUUCCUGUAAAGGUGUUCUGGUGAACUGGCCUCAUGAAUAUCUGAUAUGAAUCAUUUCCAAGUGAUUUGAGUGGCGUCAGUGCAGAUGUCUGAUGCCACUCAUUUGUAAUAAGUACACUAGCAUUAUCAUAGUUUUCUGUGUGUGUGUGUGUAUAUAUAUAUAUUAUAUAAUUUUUUUUUUUUUUUUUGUGACCACUUCUGCUAAUGUAAAUUUGAAACUGCAAUAUGUAUCUGAUAUUACAGACAUUUCUGGGAACUUUAGACAUAUUAGACAUUUUUGGCACUGAUGAUGAAGCGAGUGUCUUGUCCUCUAACAUUUAUUGUAAAAAGUAAUAUAUAUUAUAAUAAUAUAUUAAUAAUAUAUUUAUUUAAUACUAAAUAUAGUUCAAAUCUAUUGACUUAUAUACUGAUAUAUACUCAAGACUUACUAAUAAAAAAAUUAUAAUUAAACUUUAUUUGGAGCACUUGUGCACAAUGCACAUUUCUUAAUAUUAACCUUAAAAUGGGUUUUAAUGCAACUACUGAUGAGGAUUGUAUGAUAUUUGAAUAAUAUUAAGACUUUUUAUGCAUGAUAUACACUGUAUUUAAAUGUGCCUAAAGUAUACUUGCAAUAGUUUCAAUAUACUUCAUUAUAUCUUUAGUUGGAAUUCAGCGCUCCUUGCACCCAAUUAAAGUGCAUUAAGUACAAAAUUAAGCUAGUUGUUCCAAUUUAGCACACUUUAAAUAUAGCAGAUUAGUAUACCAGUAGUGCUACUGCAGGGUAUUUUAAUAAGCAUAUAAAUAUGUAAAUGCAUUUAUUGUCAACUCAGCAUGAAAUAAAUGCAUAAAAAUACAUUUCAAACACAUUUUAAUACAUUUCUCACUAAGGUAGCAGUUUUAUACAUUUGUAAAAAGCUCGACAUUACUUUGUUAAACUGUUUGUACAUUAUAGCUUAUAUCUUAAAAACGGAAUUGCUUCAGUUAAUUUCAGAUUUGUCUUUGGAAACUUUGUAUUUUGGGUUAGAAAUGCCAAAUAAUUCCUUUACAUUGUGCAUGUAGGAAUAUGUUUAAUGCAUGCAUAUCCAAAUGUUAGAAACAUUGUUCUUCUUCAUGGGAACUGGUGCUUCCUUUUUUGUCCAUUGGGUGCUUUCUUCUUUGUCCAUUUCACCAGAGUCUAUCAGAACAGAUGAUCCAGAUGUUUUGGAUAUCGUUUCAUAGGAAGUGCUUCACAGUCUUUUGGUUUGGGAGGACAACAGUCUUUGCCAUGUCACAUAUGUUUCCUUGAUCCAGUAACCGAAGUAACCUGUACCAGGGUUAAUGAUCAGGGAGCGAAACUCAUAAUCAUUUGGAUGACUCUUCCCCUCUCAGGUUGAACUUCCUCUCAGAUCUCUGUAUUCUUUUAUAUGGUGCAGAGUGUUUGGAUCUGCAUCCACCAGCCCAACAGAGAGGAGUUUAACGAUGAGGUGAACUUCCUGAUCAUUCAUUCUCCACUGCAGGAAAACAAUCAGAUAUCAAUGUGAUCCUUCAGUCAGCAGUAAGAGAUAUAUUUUCACAUAUACAGUAUAGCCAACUACCUUGUUUAUGUAAAGUAUAUUUUUUUCUUGGAAGGCAUUCCCAACUUUGGCAUGUAUCUGUUUUGGAGACAAUACAGUCAAUAAACAUGUAAGACAACAUUCAACCCGCUUUUGAGCAAAACAGCAGCAUUAAAACAUAAAAAAAAAAUUACUGCUGUAUUUAUUGCUUUAAUGCAGUUCCAAGACUCUUCUUGAACUGCAGAUAGUACAAAAACCAAACUAACACAUAACAUCAGCAUUAUGUAAGUGUCAACUCCCUCUCCACCUGCUUUUGUCAUAUAUUUUUCUCUUCUGACUAGUCUAUUGUCCCAACAAUAGAUGUAAUAGCAAGAUAAUCGUGUAUAAUUUGCUGUUGACCAUUACGUCCAGAUUAACCAGUUUUAAAAACAUCUUUAAACUGUUCUUCUCACCUGACUCAGACCAUGUGACAUGCACUGGAUGAUGACAAUAAGCCCCAAAGCAAUCUGUAGAAAGAAACAUUUGAAUUUUCAUGAGGAAUUCAGAAAAAAACAUGUUUGCAAAAAGAUACAAAUGGAAGAAAACUGUAUAAAUAAAAGAGAAACAGUACAAAUGA